CGCGCGGCGGGGGAGGGGCGUGGUCACCAGCGGACGUCACCCGCAGUGACCUCGAGCCACGCCCAAUGUCACGUGCGCGCACUGUACAACAACACGUGUAGCACAGUCGCCGCUAACUAUACGCUCCUAACACGCGCUCUCCGCGCCUGAUGAUGGUGGUGGUGAUGAUGGUGGCAGCGGCGGCUGCGAUUUGAAGCGGUGGCCCACGGAUUCGCCUUGACGCGCUCUCCAACAAUGUUCGUCGCGCUCAGGCCGAAGGCCGCCCUCGGCCACGCGGCGAGCCACCUCGGCCACGCGGCGGCGGCGACGGCGGCGACGGCGGCAGCGGCGGCUUGGAGGAAGCCGCGGCUCGCGCUCGCCUCGCUGGCCGCGGUCCUCGCCCUGCCGCCCGCCCGCCAGGAGGGGAUCCUCCGGCCGCUCGCCGCGGUCGCCCGCGCCGGCGGGCGAUGGGACGGGGGGGAGGAGGAGGCGGUGGAGGAGGCGGUCGCGGCGGGGGCUGCUGCGGACGGAGAGCCGAGCGGGCGAGGUGGACGAGGUGGUGGGACGACGAUCUGGCAGGCGUUCCGCCCCGGCGUGGAGGAGCUGCGUGCGGCUGAGCGAGUCUUCACCGCAACGGAGCGCCACCGUGUGGCUUACGUCUCCUCGGCCGAGCGGAUCGACCACGCUCCCCGGCUCGGGCUGCCCGAGGUGUGCCUGAUUGGGCGCAGCAACGUGGGGAAGUCUUCGCUGCUGCGUGCGCUGCUGUGCCUUGUGCCAGACAUCGACAUCCGCAUCUCCAAAACACCGGGCCACACCCGCAAGCUCCACUUCUACCGCGUGGGCCAGGCCCUCACACUGCUGGACGCCCCGGGCUACGGCUACCGCGCGCCAGCGGACUACAUUCCCAUGGUGAAGGGAUACCUGGCCCAGAGUCCCGACCUCUGCCGCGUGGUGCUCCUGAUGGACGGCGUGGCCGGGGUGCAGACCCUCGACCGCCAGACGCUGGCGUUGCUGGAGCAGCUGGACGUCGCCUACGCGGUGGUGCUGACCAAGGUGGACCGUGCCAGCCGGCGCCAGCUGCUGCAGAACGUGCUGGCGGUGCAGAGGGCCAUCGGUGGCAGUGGCGCGGCGUGCUACCCGCAUGUGUUCCUCACCAGGUACGCCCGCUCGUUUGUGGGGGUCCACGUCCUGCGCUGCUUCCUCGCCCACGCCACAGGCAACGAGCCACGAGAGACGCCACGCCCCCUCUCCUCCUCCUUCCCAUCCCCCCCUCCUCCUCCUGCACACCAGGCGAGGUAGUCAACAUCUCAUAGCCACCGUGAUGAUGAUGAGAGAGACGGAGACUCCAA